AGGUUUUUCUCCCUGCUCCUCCUCCUCCUCUCAGUGAACCUGAUUCCCACCACCCCCAUGCAGGAUGAGCGACCCGUCCAGGCUGCAGACGGAGCUGUCAGAGCGCUCCAGGUCAAAAGCAGAAAGCGAGUGUUUCCUGUGCGUCCCACGAUGGAGCCCGAUCCCGUCCUGGAGGCUUAUAGCUACUGUAACACCCCCAACCGCACCGAACAAGCAUGGGAAGGUCACAGUCCUGCAGACUACAAGCUGCUGUCUGUUCACGUGAUGAUUCGUCAUGGAGACCGCUACCCUCUGUACUCCAUCCCAAAGACCAAACGGCCCAGCAUCGACUGCACCCUGUCAGCCAGCAGGGAGCCCCCCCACCCUCUGCUGAACCGCUUCGUUAACCACAUGAGCCAGGGGACCCGGGGCCACUGGGAGUCGCCACUGGGAUCCAUUUCACGCCUCCCCAACCACAGUGCCUGUGAAAUGGGAGAACUCACCCAGACAGGCGUGGUGCAGCAGCUGAUCAACGGGCAGAUCCUCCAUCACGCCUACAAGCAUCACGGCCUGCUGCCCUCUGAUUGGUCGCCUCGCCAGGUUUGGAUGGAGACGACGGGGAAGAGCCGAACCCUCCAGAGCGGGAUGGCCUUCCUCUACGGCUUCCUCCCAGAUUUCAACUGGACCAAGUUGACCGUGCGUCACCAGUGGAGCACGUUGUUCUGCGGCGCGGCGUGCGGGUGCCCUGCCAGGAACCGAUACCUGGAGGAGGAGCAGAGGAGGCAGUAUCGCCUCAGAGUGGCCGACGCCAACCUGGAGAAGACCUACGUGGACAUGGCGCGGACUCUAGGCGUUCCGACCCGGCAGCUCAGAGCGGCAAACCCGAUGGACUCGCUGCUCUGCCACCUGUGCCACGGCCUUUCCUUCCCGUGUGUUCCCAGCGGAGCCGGCGGCUCUGGCGGAUGCCUGACCGUGGCGCAGUUCGCUGUGAUCCGCCAGCAGCAGCUGGACAACGAAGUAGACAGGAGAAGAGUCGGCAUUUACCGUAAAUACGCCAUCCUGGCCAUGUACCCGUACCUCAACAGGACUGCCAACAAAAUGGAGCGAGUCGCCAAGGCCAGCAAGGCCGGCCAGCGGCCUGCUGCAGGCGGGGAGGAGGUCUUCACCCUCUCCUCGGGUCAUGAUGUCACCAUGGCCCCGCUGCUCAGCGCCCUAGGACUGGAGGAGGCCAAGUUUCCUCGAUUCGCUGCCAGAAUCGUCUUUGAAAUGUGGAAAAGUCCGCCUACCACGAAGGGCCCGGUAAAGAAACGAGGGAAAGGAGAGAGGGCGAAUUUGAAAGAUGGCGAGGUGUUCAUCCGAGUUCUGUACAAUGGCGAGGAUGUGACCUUUCACACGGCUUUCUGUCAUCCCGCAUCCCGCCACAUCAGCCAGCCGCUCUGCCCGCUGAGAAACUUCCUCACCUUCAUCAGGAAGGACAUGUUCAGUAUCCUUAACGCCACUUCCUACAAAGACGCCUGCUUCAAGCAGUUCGAGUGACGGACGGAGAGCGAGGGCGCCAUGUUUUUGACGCCGCUUUACAUUCCAACAGAUUGAAAAAACGCACAAUCAACCGACGGUUGUGGUUUACCGCCCAAACAUUUCAGAUCAUCACGUAAUCGUUUAAUCAGCUGGUGUUUCUACUAAGACCUUCAAUAAUGGAUCGUUACCUCAGCAGGAACUGAAAGGCACUUUAUUCUUUAACGUAGAAACUAAAGGAAAUAUUUCUUUUUCUUUUUGUUCUUCAAGCUCAGAAAAAAGCUGCUGAAAAUGUGUUGAAGAGAAAAACUGCGACAUAAAUACGGUUCUGGCUUGAAGCACUGAGUUUUUUUCUUUUUUAACAUUUCAUCUGAUGAUGUUUUGUCAUUAAAGUUUUCUUUCCUUAAAGGAAAAGUCAGCAAGAAAUAAUCAAUAGAUCGUUAUUUAUACCUAAAAUUAAUAAGUUCGCAGUAAUUUAAUAAAUUUAGUGUUAAUCAGUGAUCGCAAUAAAACAUUUUUUUUUUUUUUAAUCAGUCUGGGAGCGGCCAUUUUUGCCCAAAUUGUUAGUCUAGAAAUCACUGAAUGGCUUCAUUCUAAAAUACAUUACAGACUGGUUGGCAGUGGAUCGACAGCCAGACCUCUCAGAUCUACUGGAUCUGAUCUACUCUGCAGAACCAGAACCAGCCAUGAGAAAGCACCUGAAAUAAA